AUGAACAAUAACGUUGAGGAGCUAUUACGAAAUAUCCCCCUUUACAACAAAUAUGGCAAAGAUUUCCCACGAGAAACAGUAACCAGAUUACAGAUGCCUGAAUUCAAGCUACCACCAUUACAACCAACAAGGGACUUGUUAGAUCCAUGGUACAAAGAAUGUGACAAUGUCACCAAAGUGUGUCAUUUACAUGAUUCUUCGAGUAAAAAGUUCGAUCAGUGGUACAAGGAACAAUAUAUGAGUAAAAAACCACCGGGAAUGAUUGGGAGCACACUCUUAUCUCCUUCAAGAAAGGACAAUUUAUAG